AUGCAGAUGGAUCGGCAGGCUGACGAGUUCUCGGCGGAUGAAUACGACGUGGACGGUUCCGGUGCUGUUGGUUGGUACGAAUUUGUGACCGUCUGGCGAAAAGCCGACGUUUCUGUGAAACUCUCGCUCCCAGAGCGAAUUUUCGUGUUAAUGGAAGAGCCCACGUCAUCCUUGGUCGGUGUCAUUGUGAGUGCCCUCCUGAACGUCUUGAUUUUUCUCUCCUGCGUGGCGCAGCUGCAAGUUGACCUGCAAGCGCUUUUCUAG